AUGCUAAAGAACGGAAGGUAUGAUCCACAUAAGAGGUGCCAUAUAGGGAAGCUAAAAAUGUCAAAGGGACGCGAAUUUUAUGAAAGAGUUUUAAAAUCACCCAAAUUUGUCGUUGCACCAAUGGUGGACCAGAGUGAGUUGCCAUGGCGAUUGUUGUCAAGGAGACAUGGGGCUCAGUUAUGUUUCUCACCUAUGUAUAGUGCCAAUACAUUUGUACAUGAUCAUACUUAUAGGAACAAGGUUGUACAAGAUUUGUCUUCCACUGAAGACCAUCCCCUGAUUGUUCAAUUUUGUUCAAACUCAGCUGAGAAUUUCUUGGAAGCUUCCAAGUUGGUUGAAGGAUUAUGUGAGGGAGUGGACCUUAACCUUGGAUGUCCACAACAUAUAGCUAAGAGGGGUCACUUUGGCGCUUACUUACAAGAAGAUUGGGAUUUGAUCAUUGAGAUUAUUUCAACCACAAAACAACAUAUUGGUAUCGGGGUAACUGCCAAGAUCAGAGUUUUUAAUGAGAUUGACAAAACAGUGAAAUAUGCCCAAAUGUUGGAAACUGCCGGUUGUGACAUCAUCACAGUACAUGGAAGAACAAGAGAGCAAAAAGGUCCCAACACGGGCCUUGCUAGUUGGGAUCAUAUCAAAGCUGUUAAAGAUAACGUAGACAUCCCAGUUUUCGCAAACGGAAACAUCCAGUAUUAUUGUGACAUUAUGAGGUGUAUGGAAACUACAGGAGUAGAUGGGGUGAUGGUGGCUGAAGGAAAUCUCACUAAUCCCAUGAUAUUUCAAGAUUUAUCCACGCCAUGCAAUGUAUACGAUGUAGUGGAAGAAUAUUUUGCUCUUGUUGCGCAAUACCCAUGUCCUUUAUCAAGUGCAAGGUCGCAUAUGUUCAGAAUAUGGGCAAGAACACUAUUGAUCCAUAAAGACAUGCGAGAAAGAAUAGGAUCAGCAAACAACAUAGAUAUGUUAAAGGAAUGUAACGAAGUAUUGAAGCAACGGUGUUUAAGUGAGGAGAUGGAAUCACCCAUGUGUGACAUGAUUGACAGGUCACUCCCACACUGGGUUUGUCAGCCAUAUGUUCGUCCUAACAGACUUCCACAAGCCAACAUUACAGUUAAAGAAACACCCGAUGAAGACACACAUGUUAAACCAUCAAAAAAUGAAAUGAGACGAUUACUUAAAUAUGAGAGAAAAGUAGAAAGUAAGAGAAUAAAAAGAAAAAAGGAACAUGAGAGAAGGAGAGAAAGGGAGAAGGCAAUGGAAAAGGCAAGUGAAAUUCAACUUUCUCGAUUUGCUCGAAGUAAUUUGAAAAGAAGAGAAGUUGAUGAAAAAAUGGAAUCUGUGAUGCGUAACGAUAGUCACGCUCUGGUGGUUUGCGUUGAUUUGUCAUGGUCGCAUUCUAUGAAUGAUAAGGAGAUCAACAAACUUGCAAGUCAGCUUGGAAGGUUAUAUGGAAGUAAUAGGAAGGCUGAAGCACCCGCUCAUGUUUAUUUCACAGGUUUCAAAAAAGGGACUCUAAUAUGGAAUGAAUGCCAUCGUAAACAUAAUGGAUUUAAUGAAUAUAAGAUAUCUAUGACGGAUAAAUCACCUAUAGAAAUGUUUAAUAAUGAAAACAUAAUUUAUUUGUCCCCUGACGCAGAAACUGCUUUAUCAAAUGUUGAGGCUGGCUCAGUCUACGUUAUUGGGGGUCUAGUGGACGAAACAGUUUGUAAAAAGCUGACACUAGAUGCUGCUACAGAGCAUGGUAUUUGCACUCGUAGGUUACCUGUUAAAGAAUUCAUGAAAAAAUCUGGACGACAUAAAAAUUAUUCAACUGUGUUUGCUGUGAACCAAGUUUUCGACAUUCUGUUAAAAUAUCACUCUGCCAAAGAUUGGGUUGAAGCUUUUAAACUUGGUGUUCCUCCGCGGAAGGGUUACGUGUUUAAUGAUGACGUCAUCACAUCGUGACGUCUCUAAAACGUGAUAUCUUUUAUCGUGCAAGAGACCUGGAAUAUUAGUCCAAAAAAAUUAUGUGUGACGUCACUGGAAGAUAUUAUUUCGUCAUAAACAUGUUUUACAAAUUUUAGAAUAAUUAAUUCUUUUUUACUGUUUUAUCUUUUAGACAAAUAUUGAUUGAUUAGUAAAAAUAGCGUGUCCGGAACUCAUGUUUUUGAUUGUUUAUCCAUAAACCAAAGAUGAUUCAGAAAA